CAUAUUUAUUCAUUAACUUCCGGGUGAGUUACAUGAAGUAUUUACUUAUAUUCCCUCGUCAGAUCUCACUUGGCUUCACUAACCUAUCUACACUGACAGUGAAAUCCCACUACUUACGUAUCCUUUGCCUACAACAAGCAUUUGAAGAAAACGAAGUAUUCCUGAAGGAAGCGAUAAACGAAGAAUAAUAUAUUUCUUAAAAAGAAAAAAAAAAUCGUUUCAAUAUGGCGGAUUUAGAUGAGUGGAUCGCAACGGUUCGAAAAUGUAAAUACUUACCAGAACACCAGUUGAAACGCUUGUGUGAAAUGGUGAAGGAAAUACUAAUGGAGGAAUCAAAUAUCCAACCUGUUAGAACUCCAGUUACUGUAUGCGGAGACAUACACGGUCAAUUUUACGACCUUUUAGAAUUAUUCCGUGUCAGUGGAGAACUUCCGUCUACUAAUUACAUUUUCAUGGGUGACUUUGUGGAUCGAGGUUACUUUAGUUUGGAAACCUUUACAUUGUUUAUGUUAUUGAAGGCGAGAUAUCCUGAUAAAAUUACAUUACUCCGUGGAAAUCACGAAAGUCGACAGAUUACACAGGUUUACGGAUUCUAUGACGAGUGUCAAACGAAGUAUGGUAAUGCAAAUGUCUGGAAGUAUUGUUGCCAGGUAUUUGAUUUUCUGACUCUGGCUGCUAUUAUUGAUAACAAGAUUUUGUGUGUACACGGUGGCUUAUCCCCCGAAGUGCGUACUUUGGAUCAAAUUCGCAUUUUGGCUCGUGCUCAAGAAAUUCCUCAUGAAGGUUCUUUUUGCGAUCUCAUGUGGUCAGAUCCCGAAGACAUUGAAUCUUGGACUGUAUCGCCCCGCGGUGCUGGCUGGCUAUUCGGCUCAAAAGUUACAGGCGAAUUUAGUCAUAUUAACGAUCUGAAGCUGAUUGCUAGGGCGCACCAACUUGUGCAAGAAGGAUACAAGUAUCAUUUUGAUGAAAAAAAUUUGGUCACUGUUUGGAGUGCUCCCAACUAUUGCUAUCGGUGCGGCAAUGUUGCUAGUGUCAUGAAAGUAGAUGAAUCUUUAGAACCCGAUUUUCGCAUAUUUUCUGCCGUACCCGAUGAAGAAAGAACUGUUCCCCCAAGCCGAAAAAGAAGUGAAUAUUUUAUUUAGGACAGACGCAUGCUUUGGAUUUCUUGUGAUGUUUAGGUUUUUCCAAUUUAAUAUGGUUAAUCAUCGUUUCAUCUUCUCCCAAGAUGGGUUAAUUUUUCGUAUUCAUUUCUGGCUCUUCUUUUUUUUUUCUUUCUCUCUUCUCUUAUGCUUGUCCUUCUACUCCCAUUAAUCUACCGUCGAUUAUGUAAUCCUAAAGACGUCUAAUUUUAAGAAUGUCGAAGCAUCUUCCUCCGUCUUUUCUUUGAUCAUUUAAAAACGCCUGCAUUUUCCUCAGCUAUACUAUGUACUUUUUGCUCAAUGAAAUUUCCUUGAUAUAUAGAUCAUAAAUGCCUGGAUAAAACCGAAAAGCAUAAAACUAUUUUUUUGUGUGUUUUGUGUGUUCGAAGGAAAAACAAAUGUUUUAAGAAGGUGUAUGAAAAAGUCCAGAAUGUUUUGAAGUAUAUUUUGACAGCCCGUGAAUGGUGAGAUAUUUUAACGGUGAGCACGCUGUUGAUCUCUUGGAAAUCCGUGUAAAGUGUUCUACAAGCAAUAUAGGUAUUAUGCUUGCAAAGAAUCAAAGUACUUUAUUUUAGGGACACAACCAUAUUAUGCUUGAGAAGGCUUGAAGGAAAAGCAUAUUGAAAGAUAUGUGAUUUCAAUGUUAAUAACUUUGCCAACCUUGUGUUUUGGUCCCAGGACUUUGACUUUCUAACUCUGUGGUUGGCAAUACUAGUCCUCUAUGAGAGCAUCUAGAGGCCAGCUUGCUACAUUAUUCGUACGGUAUGCCAAAAAGCAUGAAUGAUGAUGAUCAACUACGUUUGGAUUUUGACGGUGCUCAAAAUGAACAAAUGGAUUUAGCUUUGGAACAAAAGCACAGUCAUUGCUAGAAAAAAUGAAAGACAUGGAAUGAAAUAGAUUUGAAGCUUUGGUCGAUUUGCAUAUAGGAAGCAAUGUUUGAGUAUAAGGUGGUGUAUGUCUACAAUGAUGUUGAACGAGUAUAAAAGAUGAUAACUCAAUUUACGAUCCUAGGCAAAAAAAAAAAAAAAAACUAAGGGUCUAAGACAGAUGGAAGUACGUGUGGCUUUCUCUGAAACGAAAGCUAGAAUAAACUUUUGAACAUAUUGUCUGGGUUAUUAUGAAUAGAAAAACCAUAAGGAUGUCUUUUGUCUAUUCUCUAACCUACCUUGGAUGAGACUGCUCGCACGGUUUAAUUUUUAGUUUUACUGCUGUGGUUUGUUACAAUGCAUGAUGCUGUCGACGAUACAAGGGUUGGUAAAUUUGCCGUUAUGUUGAUUUCGGUUCGGUUCGUUUAUCAUGUUCCUCGAGAAGAGGUGUGUAGGUUCAUGAGAUGAAAAGGUAGUAUAUUUCUUAAAAGUCACCACUGUCUUUUGACUAAUAGGACGCGAAAUUCAAGUUGCAGAAAGGGUCAUAGACAGGAUCGUUGGUAAGAAUUUGUGAACCCUGGAUGGCGGAAUAGACAUGGUAUACGGUCCCUUCCUGUAUAGCAAGAAAGCUGGACUGUUUGUAGGAUAGAUAAACUGCAACUUUUCAAUAAAACCCAAUCAGUAUAAACCAGUCCGUAAAUGUGCCUAAGCGGCAUUUGACGCAAUAGGCGAA